AUGUCUAGCCUACAAUUUCAUCUCCUUGGGGAGCCGGCCGCGUCGGCGAGGCAAAUCUCCAUUGAUGCCAAGUUGGAUAUUGAUCAAUUCAAGCACCUGGUGGCCGCCCAUUUUGCAAUUGUGGAACCGUCUGGGAUUGGAUUCCAAACGGACGACGCGCAUCUCAUGGACGUUGCUGACAUUGUGGCUGCGAAAGGACCCAUCGCCAUCACAAUCGACGGCCACGCCGUCCGAGACCCAGACGGUCCCAAGGGCAUCCCAUACGUCGGCAACUACUUUGAGGUCUUCCCCGACCAUCUAGGCAACCAUCAGCGCCUCUUUGACCAGUACGGACCAAUCUUCAAAACCACCAACCUUGGCCGCACAACAUACCAUACCAAUGAUCCACAGAUCUCGGCAAUCGUCUUCGCCGAGUCGGACUUCUUCUCGAAGAAGAUUAACUCCGCGCACCCGCUCGCCGCACUCAAGACCCCUGCGGCUGGUGUCUUUCUUGGUGAUACAGAUACUGAGGAAUGGAAGGUCGCGCACAAGUUCCUCCCGCCGGCCCUUGGACCCAAGGCAGUGCGGCACUACGCGCCAACGAUGCAGCGGACUGUGGAGGAUGCAUACAAGGUGUUUGAUGCUCUUGAUGAAAAGGACGAGGCCUGGAACGUGUAUCAGUAUAUGUUAAAGCUCGGGUCGCAGGCCGUUGGGAAGUUGACGCUAGGGCUGGACUUUGAGCAUUUCACUUCGCCAGAUGCGCCGGUGCAUGAGAUGGUUCAUGCGAUCGCGGAGCUGCUAAACCUAAAUAAACAGGUUACGUCCCGAGGUGAUUGGUAUGCCAAGUUGCCUUUUGGAGCGCCACAGCGACUGAGGUAUUUGAAGGCGCGGAUUGAGGAGAUGGUUGAUGAGUCGAUUCAAAGGGCAGCACGGGGUGGUGUCGGUGACUUGCCGUUGCAGGACGCGGCGCUUCAAGCGUCGAACAUGGUUGACUACGCCAUCCGCGCCACAGACAACAAAGGCGAAAAGCUUCCCAAAACAAGCCUAGUCUGGGCGUUGGUCGUCGCCACGGGCGCCGGCUUCACCACAACCAGCUCCCUCCUCUCCUGGCUAAUCUAUGGCCUCGUCACAUACCCGGGGAUGCAAGAGCGGCUCCUUCAAGAACUAAUCGACAACGACAUCACGGAAGACACCGAGCUGACGGCGGACUUGACGGACCGUCUCGUCUUCCAGGACAAGUACAUCAAGGAGAUGCAGCGCCGGCACAACCCCUCCUUCCAGCCCGGGCGCACCGCAAAAGCAGACCUGAUCCUACCGGGCGGCUACAAGCUCCCAAAGGAUGCAGUAGUGAUUGCAGCGCUGCACCAUAUACACAACAACCCCAACCUUUGGGAGAACCCAGCGCGGUUUGAUCCGGAUCGGUGGGAUACACCUGAAGUGAAGGGGAGACACAAGGCGGCGUACAUUCCCUUUGCAAUGGGCCCGCGUAUGUGCAUUGGCUUCAAUUUCGCCCUGCAAGAGGUCAAGAUCUUCUUGCCGAAGCUGAUCUACAGAUAUAACUUUAUUAAAGAGGGAGAUGGACCGAUUGAGUAUGACCCCAUGUUUCAGUUGAUCAGGCCGAAUAAUUUGUAUGUGCGUGCGGAGCGGAGGGUCAAGUGGCCGCGCAAGUCUACAAAGUGAG